CCGAUCAAGUUCAAGCCUGUCCCUGCUGUCCUCCUCUGCACCGGCACCUUCCACCCCAUAUUUAUACUCGCGCCCACCAUGUCGACCGAUCCCAAGAUCCAGGACCUGCUCAACAAGCCUAAGAGCGAGCUCACUGAAUACGAGGUCUCCCUCGUCGAGGAACAUGAGCUCACUGCCGGUCCUUUGUCCCUUCUCCAAACCGCUACGCGCACACACACCCAGGUCCUGAUCUCAUGCCGGAACAACCGCAAGCUCCUCGCCCGUGUCAAGGCCUUCGACCGCCACUGCAACAUGGUUCUGGAGAACGUCAAGGAGACGUGGACCGAGAAGCCCAAGGGUGGUAGCGGCAAGGGUGUUAACAAGGAUCGCUUCAUCAGCAAGAUGUUCCUCCGUGGUGACUCCGUCAUCCUCGUCCUGCUCAGCUGAACUCUGUUCACAUGAUGCGCUCAUUUCCCUUCUCGAACGGUCCUGGGCCGGUCCGGGCUUGGCUUCUCUCUGAUCGAGCUGAAAUCCGACGGAGACGAUUUCUAGUUGACACAGACGAAUGAACGAUACCCUUUUAGUCGUGCGAUACUUGCGGGAUUGGACGGGAUGUUAGAUUACAUCAUCACGUACAAUCUGCCUCCCCGCCCAAUUAAUCCAGCCCUAUCCGGACCUUGGCUCUCCUUUUCCUUCUCGUUUCAUAUAUUGCUAUUUUCCCGAUCUCAAAUUCACCGUUACUUCUCUCUGAUUUACGGCGGGGGCAGAUUUGGCGUUCUCCGGACUCUUUUGUUUUUUUAAAGCUAGAAAAAGGAAUCUGAAGUGGAGUAUCUCGGCUUGAUAAAAGUAGGGGGAGGACAUUGAUGAAUCGGGUUGUACUCGAUGCUCGAGCGAGAGCUAGAUAGUGCUAGCCGGGAUUGUGAAGUGUAUCUGACUCGGUUGGAUAUACUCUGAAUGUUAAUACCACGAUAAAACAAUGUACGAGUACACCACUAAAAGACGUAGUGGAUUGUCAAAUCUAAACAAACAUACGAUAUACGAUAGAUAGACCCGACCAUGAUCCUGAC